AAUGCGUGCUCAUCCAUGGCGCCGACGCCGGCGUGCGUCGCUAGAAUCUCCUCGGCGUGGCACUGGCGUAUUUCACUCUCUGGCCGGUCCGAUCUUUGGGAUCAGGCAGCUAGCCGCCAUUCUUGGUGCGUAUUUUACAGUUUUCUCGCGGUUUUCUCGAUUGAGUCUCGCGCUAGCUGGCUUUGAUCGGUACGCGAGACGAAUCGAUCUUGCAGAUGGAUGGCGUCGGCCACCGCGGUUGUUCUUGGGGGAAGAAACCCUAGCUUGGCGACGACGGAAGAAUAUAAAGGUCCAUUCCUUGAUGCUAACUUAGUAACUAUUUUAUUCUCCAGGAUCACUUUGGUUUUUACCGAUGGUUUUCUAUCGAGCUAUAAAGGAGGUCGGCUCGGGGAGCCAUGGAAGCGCCGGCGAAUUGCGGCACCAGUGGCAUCGGAAAUGGGAGAGAUCCAUGCUACCGAGCUUGAACUUCUCGGCGAGGCGGCAGCGGUCGGUAACGAAGCAGUGACGACGAGCUUCAGCGAUUCCUGGCCAGUAGUGACAGAUGAUCCCGCAAGAACUUCUCUUCCCAGGUCUUCAUCAUCCAUCCAGCUUCCAGCGGUCGCAGCAGAAGACCAAGUCUUUGUCCCUAGCGAUCCAGGCUCCGGAUUUGAUCACCUCGGCGACAUUCAGCGGUCGCAUGCGAGGAUCGGUGGCGAGGCAGCGACGGAUGAUCCUUUUCCAAGCUUUGGUUCGCUGACAAGCUUCGCGGAUUUGUCAUCUUUCCAGCGCAGCUCGACCUUAGCGAUCGCAGCAAAAGUGGAAGCCUUCGAGCAGCCGGGAAGCACAGCUCAGGAUUUCUCUCCCGUGGGAGUGGUGGCGGCCACCUUGGUUCCAGCGGUCGCAGCGAAAGACCAAGCCUUCGGUGCUAGCAGUUCAGGCUCCGGCCUCCGCGGCAUUCAGUCCCAUGCGGCGAUCAGUGGCGAAGCAGCGGCAGGAGAUUAUGGGCCUGUAGCGACGGAUGAUCCGACCAGCUUGAGCGCUAGCGAUUCCAACGUCCAGGUGUGGGAGGCAACGCAGGAUUUCUCUCUAGGCGAAAUAGCGGACGCCAUCGUACGCAACUAUUUCGAUGGCAAGCUUCCACGGGACUCCGCCAGACCAGCCGAGGCCAUCAUGCGCAACUAUUUCGAUGGCACGCCUUCAUGGGACUCCGACCGAGCCCAGGUUUCUCCUGUGAGAAUGACGCCGGCCAGCUUGGGCGAUUUAUAUGGCAGGCUGGAGUUCUACCAGACGGUACGUGUAGCUCAGGCGGUAGAAAUGGUCGCACACUCCUUUGGCGAUUUCCAUAAGUACAGGAGUUGGCAUCCAUGGGCUUUCGAGGAGGCGCACCAGUUCUCUCGACACGACGAUCCAACGAUGGUAGAAGUGGAGAACCAAUUUUCGUGGGCUGAAGGGGAGCUCCCCCGAGACGACGACAAUGACACAGUAAGCUCGGAAGGUGAUCUCCAUAUGGAAGAAGAAGGAGAAGAAGACGAGCAUGCAGUGAUAGAAGUGGAGGACCAGGCAGCAAGAGAAGAAGAAAAAGAUCAUGAAGCGGGAGAAGAAGACGAUGUAGACAAAGAUGAAUUCGCACAGAUAGAAGAGGGUCCAAGAGUAGACGAUGCUCAAUGCGACGGGCUCGAGAGCAAAGACGACGAGGCAGUGGAGAUACAGGUUCUGGCGCACCAGUUCCCUCGAGACGACGAUCCAGCGGAAAUCCAAAUUUCAUGGGACGAAGCUGUGCAGGAGCUCCUCCGGGACGGCACAGAAAGGUCGGAAGGUAUGGAAGAAGUAAGGGAAGACGACGAGCACGCAGUGAUAGAAGCGGAAGACCAUGCAGCGAGAGAAGAAGGAGAAGAUAACAAAGCAGGAGAAGCAGACGAUGUAGACGAAGAUGAAUUCGCACAGAUAGAAGAGGAUGCAAGAGUGGACAAUGCUCAAUGUGAUGGGCUUGAGAGUGAGAACGACGAGGCAGCGGAGAUACAGGUUCUGGCACACCAGUUCCCUCAAGGCGACGAUCUAGCAGAAAUCCAAAUUUCGUGGGACGAAGCGAUGCAGGAGCUUGUCCGAGACAGCACUGCAAGCUUGGAAGGUAUGGAAGAACUACGACAAGAAGACGAGCACGCAGUGAUAGAAGCGGAUGACCAUGCAAUGAGAGAAGAAGAAGAAGAAGAAGAAGAAGAAGAAGAAGACGAGGAUGUGGUGGUAGACGAGGACUUCUCACAGAUAGAAGAGUAUGAUCCAGGAGUGGACGAUGAUCAAUGUGACCGGCUCAAGAGUGAAGACGACGAGGCAGAAGUUGACAAUUGGAUAGUCGAGCCUAAAGAGGACAAGGGUCCGACAGGAGGUGCGGCAGUGCCAGAUCUCGACGAGCAGGCAAAAGACGACUAUCUCGUGGCUGUGCCAUAUCAAACACUGGAGCCUGUCGAUCAACUCGUGGCAGUGGCAGUACGAGAUCCAAGCAUGGAUGAGGAAUCAAACGACGAUGAUCUAGUCGUGGCAGCGAACGCAGCGUCAGUGCCAGAUCCAGAAGCUCCGGCGGCUGUGGAACCAGACUUCUACGAACAGUUCUCUCCGGAUUUCUGGACUUUGCCUCGCAGCUACGACCAAUUUCUCGACAAUUUGUUUUUACAAACGACCCUUUUGUUCGAUCUCAUGUAUUAAUUCGCGCCAAUAAUAUAUUUGUGCCCUA